AUGGCCACAUGCGAGAAUUUCUGCAAUUCAACAUCGUCCUAUACCAGCGGCCAGGGUGUCGUUGAGAACCCUUAUGCUGCGGGCUAUUCUGCGGGCGGCACUCCUCCCAGUGUUGCGGCCCUGCUCGGCGCUGGCCAUAUCGAUAUAGGCCUGGGCGUGGACCGAAGUGGGAGUAUCCGGAUCCCUUCUUCCCUCACCGGAUAUAAGUUCCAGGUGUCCCUCGCACACUCGGCCCAUUCGACGCAUCCCUCCUAA